AUGGGUGAGAUGAAGCUAUGGGGACUUGCUGAUUCCAAAGAGAACUGGACUGAUCUUGAUCAUAUCAAGGCAAUAUUAUGGACCAAGAACUCCUUAUCAGGCCGGGUCCAGGAACAUUGGAAAGAGGACGCUUUCUUUGGCUACCAGUUCCUAAAUGGUGUCAACCCCAUGUUGAUCCGACGUUGUUCAGCUCUGCCCAACAACUUUCCUGUCACUGAUGAGAUGGUCUUCUCCGGAGGUCUGUAUACCUUGGUAGAGGAAAUGAAGAAAGGCAACAUAUUCCUGUGUGACUACAAGCUUCUGGAUGGACUGACACCAAACAUCAUUGAUGGGAAGCAGCAGUACAUGGCGGCUCCCCUCGUCCUGCUCCAUAAAACACCUCAUGAUGAGCUGAUGCCACUCGCUAUUCAGCUGAAGCAGACUCCAGCAGGAGACAACCCCAUCUUCCUGCCUACUGAUUCUAAGUACGACUGGUUGAUGGCCAAGAUUUUUGUGAGAAGUGCAGAUUUCAACCUGCAUGAAAUCAAUGGUCACCUGCUGCGGACACAUCUGCUGGCUGAAGUCUUCACAGUGUCACUGAUGCGCAAUGUGCCAAGAGAACAUCUACUGCAUAAGCUGCUCCUACCUCACAAUCGGUACACUCUGGAAAUCAACGUACUAGCUCGAAACCACCUCAUAUCUGAGAAUGGAUCUUUCUCACAGUUUGUAUCUUCUGGUGGAGAGGCUUUGAAGACCAUCCUGAAGCGAUCACUGUCCUCAUUGACCUACAGCUCCCUCUGCAUACCAGAGGACAUCACUGAGCGUGGCCUGGAGGCUGUGCCCAACUUCUACUACAGGGAUGAUGGACUCAAGCUCUGGGGUAUCAUCCAAAGGUUUGUGCAGGGAAUGCUCAGCUUCCACUACGAGAGUAAUGCCGAGGUUUGGAAGGACGAACAUCUGCAGGAUUGGAUUUCAGAAAUCUUCAAAUAUGGAUUUCUUUCCCGAUCAUCAACAGGGAUCCCACAGAGCUUCACCACUGUGGCAGAGUUGGUGAAGUUUGUCACCAUGGUGAUCUUCACCUGCUCAGGACAGCACUCAGCCGUGAACACUGGACAGUAUGACUAUGGUGGCUGGAUGCCCAACGCUCCCUCCACAAUGCAACUUCCUCCACCAACCAGAAAGGGGACAACAAGUGAGGAAACAAUGCUGCAGACAUUGCCUAACAAGGGUCAGACAGCUAAAGCAAUGGUCACCUUGUGGCUACUCAGCCACUUGGGCAAGUGCCCAAAACUUCCUGUACAUCUUGGCCACUACCCUGAUGCCGACUUUGACGACACGACCCCCUACGAGCUGAUGAAGGCCUAUCAAGGAGAGCUUCAAACAUUGAGUGCACACAUCCGUCUUAGAAACGUGCCCCUGAAGGUCCCAUACACAUACAUCGAUCCAGAAACGGUAGAAAAUAGUGUGGCUAUCUGA